UUUCAAAAAUAAAUCAGUUUUGUAGCAAAACGCCUACUUAUUUUCUAAGACCAAACAAAAAACAGUAAGCAUCGACAAGUACGAAGAGGUUUGCAUUACUUUAUGACAAGCUUUUUCUGUGUAAGAAGUACUGUUCACAAAAUCGGUGGAUGGCUCCAAUAAGGAAAUCAAAGAAGAUGAAGAAAGAUUCAAGCAAGUUGAAGAAAAUCAAAGACAUAAACAACAAACACAAAUCCAUCAACAUUCACAACAAAGCCACUGAAUGCGAUUGGUGGGAAUGUUUCUGGAGCAAGAAUUCACCAACCCCAGGUUCUGGUGUACCUUGUGAUGAAGAGGAAGGUUUCAAGUAUUAUUUCCGUGUUUCCAAGAGUACUUUUGAUUACAUAUGUUCGCUUGUAAGGGAGGACCUUAUCUCAAGACCUCCUUCAGGUCUGAUAAACAUCGAGGGAAGGCUUCUUAGUGUUGAGAAGCAAGUUGCGAUUGCAAUGAGAAGAUUGGCUUCUGGUGAAUCCCAAGUUUCAGUUGGGGCAUCAUUUGGAGUCGGGCAGUCCACUGUGUCUCAGGUUACCUGGAGAUUCAUCGAAGCAUUGGAAGAACGUGCAAAGCAUCAUCUUAAGUGGCCAGAACCUAGUAAGAUGGAGAUGAUCAAGUCUGAGUUUGAACGAUCAUUUGGUUUGCCUAACUGUUGUGGAGCAAUUGAUGCAACCCACAUCGUAAUGACCCUUCCUGCUGUUGAAACCUCAGAUGAUUGGUGUGAUCAGGAAAACAAUUACAGCAUGCUUUUGCAAGGUAUCGUGGACAGUGAGAUGCGUUUUUUAGACAUUGUGACAGGAUGGCCUGGGGGCAUGACCACUUCAAGGCUGUUCAAGUGCUCUGGAUUUUACAAACUCUGUGAAAAUGGUGAUCGUUUAAACGGAAAUGUAAAAGUGGCUUUUGAAGGAGCAGAAGUUAGAGAGUACAUUCUAGGAGGAUUUAGUUACCCUCUUCUUCCAUGGCUCAUUACACCUUAUGAAGGUGAUGACCUCUCGGAUCCCAUGCAAGAUUUUAAUGCGGUGCACGCCACUGCAAGUUCAGUUGCAGUAAAAGCUUUCACACAAUUGAAGGGAGGUUGGAGAAUCCUUAAUAAGGUUAUGUGGAGACCUGAUAAACAGAAACUCCCUAGUAUCAUCCUCGUGUGUUGUUUACUUCAUAAUAUUAUCAUUGAUUGUGGAGACAAAUUACACCCUGAUGUUGCCCUAGCUGGCCAUCAUGACCCGGGAUAUAAGGGACAGAGCAGCAAGAAGAUCGAAUCAACGGGAAGAUUAAUGAGGGAAAAUUUAACUAAACACAUACAGGUUACCAAAAAAGAUGGUUCGAUGUAGAUGAUUGUCUAACAGUGCAUGUGAAAAAUAGAUGGCCUUUUCAAAGACUUCUGUUUCAGAGUUCAGACCAUGUUGUCGAUGUAAAUGGAGUUCAGGUACAAGAUCUUUCUGAAUGUAGAAAAGGUGCUUCAUGGUCCUUGAAUAUAUGUAAAGACUUACUUCAUACCUAACAGUUUCACAUGUCAUUUAGGUAAAAAAAUUUCUACAUUAUUCUAAUCAUCACUGUUUUUCUUUUCUAUUGUGA